AUGAAAUGUGGGUUUUCGACGUCUGGUUUAAGAUUGCAAAAUGUACAACCAAACUAUUAUGAAGUAUUAGAAUUGCCACAUUCGGCAUCCAUUCGGGAGAUUAAGACCCAAUUCAAGAAGCUAAGCAAGAAAUACCAUCCUGAUUUGAAUACCCAUUUGACGAACGACGACAAGAAGGCCAAUAGUGAUAAGUUUGUGACGAUCGUCAAUGCAUAUGAUACCUUAAAAGAUAUGAAAAAGAAGAAAAAUUAUGAUUUGUCGUUGAAGUCUAGUGGACAGUUGCAUAAUAAGAAUGGAAGUGCCACCAGAAGGAACCAGGAAUGGCACAAUAAGUAUUAUGGGGAAGCAAAGUACUACUCCAAAUCUAAUGCGUAUUCGAAAUCGUCCUAUAGUGCAUCUGGGUUGAAUACAAAGAGACAUAAGGUACGUCAUGAUAACGAUUUUCAGAACAAUUCUUCGUUCUCAGGAGAACAUCGCAAUUAUGGUGAUAAGCAUGGUGUUCCGCAUUUCAACUACAACGAGCAUUUAUUGAAGCAUUUGAAAUUCGAGCAGAGAAUUAUCAACAGACAGCUAACAGACGAUGACAGAGAGGCAAUCAUGAGACAGCUCAGCAAAUCGGGAGAUCUUAAAAAUAUGAGUGAAGAGUUGAUCACGAAGCAUUUGAUGAGACAAGUUCAUCAUACGAAAAACCGGGCAAACUCAGCAGGACUGGGACAAUGGGGGACGCCAGGAUCGAGCACGAAUACGCAAAGCAGGAAUCCGUACAUGUACCAUGGCCCGCAAGAUGAUAGCGAGGGGUUGAAAAUAACAAUACUUUGCUUAGGGGCUGGGGGAUCCCUAUAUCUUUUAUACCAAGCAUUUUUUAGUUAA